AUGGCUGAACGUGUAGCUCAAAUCGCAUCUCACAUUACCUACCCCAAAGGUCUUCUUGUGGGACAAACUGCGAUAAUCACGGGGAGUGGACAAGGUAUUGGUGGCGAAGCAGCGCGCCUGUUCGCCCAGGAGGGUGCCAAGGUAGUCGUUUGCGACGUUGAUUCAGGUAAGUCUCAGUUUCUGAGUCCCGGGAGGGAUCUCAGAAAAAACAACUUCGGGAUGAACAAGGUCGAUCAUACUAACACUUGUCGUUACCGUACUAAAGCCAAAGCACAAAGCGUUGUGGAUGGGAUCACCAAAUCUGGAGGCCAAGCUCUGGCUGUCCCUGGUGACAUCACAGAUACAGAGUACAUCGACCAGCUAGUGAAGCGCGCAGCCGAGUUUGGCGGAGGAGAAAUCCACAUCAUCGUCAACAAUGCCGGAUAUACUUGGGAUGGUGUGGUGCAUAAGAUGACAGACAAGCAAUGGGCUGCGAUGGCGAACAUCCACGGGAAUGCUCCGUUCCAGCUUAUUCGCGCCGCAGCCCCAUACUUCCGCGUCAAAGAUGGAAAGCAGCGAAACAUUGUCGGCAUAUCUUCAACUUCGGGUGUCCACGGAAAUGCCGGCCAGUCGAACUAUGCCUUCUUCAAAGCCGGCGUGUCUGGACUGAUGAAGACGAUUGCAAAGGAAUGGGGGCCGGCGUUCAACGUCCGAGCUAACACGGUGGCAUUUGGGUACAUUGAGACGCGCCUAACCCAGGCGAAAGAGGCAGGGGCGUUUAUCACGGGACCGGGCGGCGAAAAGAUCCAGCUCGGCGUUCCUGGGCGGGAUGGCAAAUCCUCCUUUGAGGAUAUCCCACUUCGCAGACCCGGUUCAGCAGAAGACGCCGCCAAGGCUGUUCUUGCUGUUUGCAGUCCUCUUUUCUCAUACGUAACUGGUCAGGUGAUCAGUGUGACUGGGGGGAGAAAUAUGUGA